AUGUCUGAAAAGAAAACUUUUAUUGUCACUCUCAAGGAGAAUUGCUCAGAUCCAGCAGUUGCUAAGUUCAAGGAAGGUAUCAAAGCUGUGGGAGGCGAAAUUCAGCAUGAGUAUUCAUUGAUCAAGGGCUUCUCUGUCAAAUUGCCAUCGCUCCAUGUUGACUCCCUUCUGCACAAGAACGAGAACGUUGCUACUGUCGAGGAAGAUCAACAAGUUCACACGCAAUAA